AUGGCCGCAGGGCUGCAGGGUGUGGGUCCACUCCUGCUGGCCUUGAUGCUAUGUGUGCUUGGCCCUCUGGGGUCUUGGGGCGGGAAGCUGCUAGUGGUCCCAUUGGACGGCAGCCACUGGCUCAGCAUGGUCUCCACCAUCCAGCAGCUUCACCAGAGGGGACAUGAAGCAGUUGUGGUGACUCCCGAUUCAUCUGUGUACAUCAAGGAAAGAACGUUUUACACCUUGAAGAGGUACCCUGUUCCCUUCAAGAGGAAGGAUGUGGAAGCAACAUUUGUCAGUCUUGGCCGUAGUGCUUUUGACCAAGAUCCCUUUUGGCUGAUGGUGAUCAAAACAUACAAGAGAGUCCAAAGUCACUCUGCUAUGAUGGUGUCUUCCUGCUCCAACUUAGUCCACAACAAGGAGCUCUUGGCCUCCCUGGAAGCUGGUGGCUUUGACGCUGUGUUGACGGACCCUUUCCUUCCUUGUGGCUCCAUUGUGGCUCAGUACCUGUCUCUGCCUGCGGUGUACUUCUUGAAUGGACUGCCAUGCAGCUUGGACUUUGCUGGUACCCAGUGUCCCAACCCACCAUCCUAUGUGCCCAGGUCUAUGUCUUCGCUCUCAGAUCACAUGACUUUUCUGCAGCGAGUGAGGAACAUGCUUAUCACUGCCACUGAAUUCUUUAUGUGCAAUCUAGUUUAUUCACCAUAUGCAUUACUUGCCUCUGAAGUCCUUCAAAGAGAUGUGACCAUCCAGGACCUUAUGAGUUUUGGAUCUGUCUGGCUGCUCAGACGUGACUUUGUCAAGGAUCAUCCCAGGCCUACCAUGCCCAACAUAGUAUAUAUUGGUGGGAUCAACUGUGCUUCCAAAUCACCACUCUCCCAGGAAUUUGAAGCCUAUGUGAAUUCUUCUGGAGAACAUGGAAUUGUGGUUUUCUCUUUGGGAUCAAUGGUCUCGGAUAUUCCAGAGAAGAAGGCGAUGGAAAUUGCUGAAGCUUUGGGAAAAAUACCUCAGACGGUCCUGUGGCGGUACACCGGAAGUCGGCCAUCUAACCUUGCAAAGAAUACAAUACUUGUCAAGUGGCUGCCCCAAAAUGACCUGCUUGGUCAUCCAAAGACUCGGGCCUUCAUCACGCACUCCGGCUCUCACGGCAUUUAUGAAGGCAUAUGCAAUGGCGUGCCCAUGGUGAUGUUGCCCUUGUUUGGGGAUCAGAUGGACAAUGCGAAGCGUAUGGAGUCCAGAGGAGCGGGGAUCACCCUCAACGUCCUUGAAAUGACCUCUGAUGACUUAGCAAAUGCCCUGAAAACAGUCAUCAAUGAAAAGAGCUACAAGGAAAAUAUCAUGCGUCUCUCCAGCCUUCACAAGGACCGGCCCAUGGAGCCGCUGGAUCUGGCCGUCUUCUGGGUGGAGUUUGUGAUGAGGCACAAGGGGGCACCACACCUCCGCCCCGCGGCCCACGACCUCACCUGGUACCAGUACCAUUCGUUGGAUGUCAUUGGCUUCCUCCUGGGCAUUGUACUAGUGACCACCUUCAUCACCUUUAAAUGCUGUGCUUUUGGCUGCCGUAAAUGCUUCGGGAAAAAGGCGCCAGUGAAGAAAACCCAUAAAACCCACAAAUCCAAGACACACUGA